AUGGAAAACUACGAGCGGAUACGAGUGGUUGGUCGUGGAGCGUACGGUGUUUGCUGGCUUUGUCGGCGAAGGGAGGAUCCUCUUGCUCAAAAGGUCAUCGUGAAGACAAUAUUUAUUCAUGGAAUGAGUCCAGACGAAGAAAAAUCGAUGAUGGGUGAGAUUCUUUUAGCAACUGUGAUCCUAUCACAUCAUCUAAAUAUUGUGUGA